AUGAGUGCCCUCAGGCUACAUCCAGCUUCAUCUAAAUUCAGUAAUGUCACUCAUCCCGACGAGCCCGCUCCUCCGGAGGUGACCGCACAGAUUCAAAGAUGGGCAGAAUGCACUUUAGUUCCAUACGCUAGACCUCCCUUGAUCAUAUCCAAGGGAAAAGGUUGUAAAGUUUGGGACACUACUGGACGAGAAUAUCUCGAUUUUACCGCUGGGAUUGCUGUCAACGCACUGGGGCACGCGGAUGAGCAAAUUGCCCAGCUCUUGGCACAUCAAGCUUCAUCCUUAACGCACAGCUCGAAUCUCUUCCAUAACCCAUAUGCCGGGGAAUUAGCAGUCAGUCUGGUCGAAAAAACGAAGAAAUAUGGGGGAAUGGGAUUCUCAGGUUCAACUGGAAAGAAAAACACUAACGAAUCCGGCUGCAAAGUGUUUUUCGCCAACUCGGGCGCUGAAGCAAACGAAGGUGCUUUGAAAUUUGCCCGCAAGUUUGGUAAAGUUCAAGACCCUACCGGCAAGAAACACGGCUUGGUGUGCUUCGGAGAUGGGUUUCAUGGCCGCACAAUGGGUGCACUAUCAGUCACAUAUCAGCCUAAAUACCAAGCUCCUUUCGAACCUCUCAUACCCGGUGUUACACAUGGAAAAUUGAAUGAUGUUGCCGCUCUCAAGGACUUGAUAACCAAAGAGACAUGUGGGGUGAUUGUUGAACCAAUACAAGGAGAAGGAGGCAUCAUGGAAGCCUCAGAAGAAUUUUUGCGCGCUCUGAGGCGCCGAUGUGAUGAAGUGAAGGCUGUGCUGAUCUUUGACGAGAUCCAAUGUGGAUUGGGUCGAACAGGUUAUUUAUGGGCACACGCCUCCUUUGAUACUGAUUGCCAUCCGGACAUUCUGACUAUGGCCAAACCGCUUGCAAAUGGAAUUCCUAUCGGAGCUAUCCUGAUGAGAAACGAAGUGGCCAAUGUGAUUCAACUUGGUGACCAUGGAACUACAUUUGGUGGUGGCCCCUUGCAGACCUCCAUCGCUCAUCAUGUACUUCAAAGAAUUGCCCGCGACGACUUCCUUGCUAGGGUCCAUCACGCCGGAGCCCUUCUCAAAGAUCGACUAACCAAAUUAUCUCAAGACUUUCCAACUCUUAUAACAGGACCCAUCCGUGGACGUGGAUUGAUGGCAGGGAUGCAAAUGAAGAAAGCUGAGCACGUAAAUGAGGUAGUCAAGAUGUGUCGUGAAAGAGGCGUACUCGUUCUUAGUUGCGGAAACUCAACAGUAAGAUUUGUACCAAGUUUGAUAGUUGAAGAUCAAGAAAUUAUGAUGGCUACGGAUGUACUUGGGGCUGUGAUGCAAGAACUAGUACGCACUAAUGAACGUUGA